GACAAGCUCCUCGUCAUGGUUCUGGUCAUCCAACCCCAGUCAUGGCUCAUUACCGGGCCGCGAAUUGGCUCAGGCAGGAUUCUGUGCAAUGUUGACAAUCUCCGGAAGAGCCGAGGCCACAGCGCACCCCCGCGUGUAACAUCUCAUGCUGCUCUUUAUUAGCCCCGCAUUCAUUUACUUGGAUGCAUUAGUUUGCUCUUUUUCUAUCGGCUUUGGUGCCCGAGAAAAAGGCAUUUCUAUUCUAUCCUUUUGUCAUUCUCUCUGUUUCUGUCGAUAUAGAUCCCCGUGCAUUUGACCAUGUAUAAGCCUAGCAUGCUCCUGUCACUUCUCGUCUUGUUUGUGUCAGACACAUUCGCAACCCCCUUCAAGCCCCAGGCUCGCCAAAUCUACGCAUUCCCCGACAAUGCAACUUUCAUCGAAAACGUAGCCGUGCGCCCCAACGGCCACAUUUUGCUCGGCACCUUCAGCAACGGCUCCCUCUUCAGUCUGAACCCAGACACGCGCACCCCAGAGGCCGAGCUGGUGGCCAAACUUCCCGGCGUCGGUGCCCUCGUGGGAAUUGCCGAGAUCGCUCCCGAUGUCUUUGCUGUCGGCGGGGGCGACCUCCUUCCAGAAGGCUUUGGCUUCGUCAACGGCAGCAUGAAAGUCUACACGGUCGACGUCAAGAAGAAGAAGGUCAAGGUGGCGGCCAGUCUCCCAGCCGCCACGGGGCUUAACGGGAUAACGCCGCUGCCGGGGCACCCUGGCGUCGUGCUGGCCGCCGAAUCAGUAGCCGGGCAGAUCUUGCGCAUCAACACGGCCACUGGCAGGAUCGACGUCGCUAUUGCCGACACGCAGCUCGGUCCCAGCUCAGAUCCCGCCAUCGUGCCCCUCGGGGUAAACGGCAUCAAGGUCAGCAACGGCUAUCUGUACUUUACCAACUCGGGCCUGGGCUUCUUUGGUCGCAUCAAGAUCACGGCCAGUGGCGAGAGAGCUGGCCAGGUUGAACGCAUUACCAGCAUCGAGAACCCGGGGUUCACGCACGCCUUUGACGAUUUUGUUUUUGGCUCGGGGCUGACGCCGGAUGCCUACGUGGCUCUCCAUCCGAACUCGAUCCAGAGGAUCGCGGCCGACGGGGAGCAGACCCUCUUCGUCGGUGGCGACGGCAGCAACCUGAUGCCAUAUCCAGGGCCGACAUCGGUGGCGCUGAGCAGGGACGGGCGGAAGAUCUACAUCGUCACGGGUCUUGGGCAAGUUGUUGAGGCGACACUGCCAAAAUGAAGUCCGUCUCAUUCAAGAGAGUUGGACCCACGGCUAAAUGAAAUCCCCUUGCACUCUCGAAUGAUUUCUACACUAGAACUAGUACUAUUAAUUGUUGUUAUACAGUAUAUCUCACUGUUUGCUGCAAUAAAUAAUUAGGGCGUCUCCGG